AUGAGACAGCUUAGGAAUUUGGUGUGUAGCAUGCAAGAUGGCUCUCAUGGCUUCCAAGGUGUCUACUGCCUUGCUCAUUCUCCUCAACCUUCUCUUCUUCUCUUGUGUGUCAUCAUUCAGUUUCCUCCUCAGACCAUCUCUAAUACUCCUCUGUUUCCAUCCAUCCCCAACAAUCCAACCUCUCUGCAAGCUCCCCUGCUGGCUCCAUUCAUCCCUAAUGAGCCUGUGAAUUGCCCACGAAACAUGCUUAAAAUGGGUGUAUGUGCCAACCUACUAGGGAUGCCAAUAGUCAUUGGUACUCCUCCUAAGGGUCCAUGUUGUGCUUUCUUGGGUGGUCUUGCUAAUUUUGAAGUUGCAAUGUGUCUGUGUACAGCUCUCAAGGCCAAUAUCUUGGGCAUCAACCUUAAUAUCCCCCAAGCUCUCAGUUUGAUAGUGAAUGCAUGUGGAAAGAAGGUCCCAGAUGGAUUUCAGUGUGCCUAG